AUGAAAAUUUUCCUUCUUUUCCUCCUAUUCUCCCCAUCCCUCUCGGAUCCAAUCGACUUUGAAGUCUUCAUCCGUUGCGACCGCUCCAUUCCCUAUUGGUGCGCUGAUUUGACUGUCUAUGAGGCGGAUGAUUACCGCAGCGCUGUCUUGAUAACUCAAAUGUUUUGUACAAGUGAUGCCUCGAAAAAUUUCGUCUACGAUCCUAUAUAUCCGUAUGAUGGUGUGUCGUUGCAGUACGAAUUCAACUACCAACUCAGACAUAACUGCACUUCAAACAAAAAACGUGCGUGUAUUCAACCGGACAUUGCUAUCGAUGCUCCUGUUGAUGGGAGACACUCCGUGCCAUUCUACAUCAAAGCCUACAACACCGGAUCCUCGAAAUGUCGAAAUGUCGGUAUGGGACCAGAACAGGACGCUUAA